UACAAAGGAGCAGAUCAAGUAACAAAGGUACGUCUUCAAACUUUGAGAGGAGAGUUUGAAGCUUUGCAUAUGAAGGAAGGUGAACUAGUCUCCGAUUACUUUUCAAGAGUUUUAACGGUUACUAAUAACCUAAAAAGAAAUGGUGAGAAGUUAGAUCAUUAGAUCCAAAGUUUGAACAUAUUGUCACCAUUACCGAAGAAACAAAAGACUUGGAGGCCAUGUCAACACAACAACUUCUUGGUUCGUUGCAAGCUUAUGAAGAAAAUAAAAAGAAGAAGGAAGAGAUUAUGGAGCAAGUCCUCAAGGCACACAUGGAUUCAAGAAAAGAAGAAAAUACACACAAUCAAUCAAGGCGAAGUUAUAGUGAAGAACAAGGACGAGGGCGUGCAUAUGGAUGUGGACAAGGACGAAGGCCUAACAACAAUAACCAAAGAGGAGAAAGCUCUAAUAGAGGUCGUGGGAGAGGAAAUCCGAAUUCAAGGUAUGAUAAGUCACGAAUCAAGUGUUACAAUUGUGAUAAGUUUGAACAUUAUGCUUCUGAAUAUAGAGCCCCUAACAAAAAUAAAAUCGAAGAGAAAGCCAAUUAUGCUGAAGAAAGGUGUCAAGAAGAUGGUACCUUGCUAAUGGCUUACAAGGGCGAAGAUAAAGGCGGGGAUAAUCAGUGGUACCUUGACAGUGGAGCAAUCAACCAUAUGUGUGGGAAAAGAAGCAUGUUCGUAGAGCUUGAUGAAUCAGUAAAGGGAAACGUGGCUUUUGAAGAUGAAUCAAAGGCGGCGGUGAAAGGAAAAGGUAAUGUCCUCAUCCGACUAAAGAAUGAAGAACAUCAAUUUAUUUCCAACAUAUAUUAUGUGCCAAGCAUGAAGAGCAACAUCUUGAGCUUAGGACAACUCUUAGAGAAAGGUUAUGAUAUUCAACUUAAGAAUAAUAACCUUUCUAUAAGAGAUAAUACAAGUAGAUUCAUUGCAAAGGUGCCAAUGGCAAGAAAUAGAAUGUUCGUGCUCAACAUUUAAAGUGAUGGCCCACAAUGUCUCAAGAUGUGCUACAAAGACGAAUCAUGGCUUUGGCAUCUUAAUUUUAAAGGAUUAGAGUUGCUCUCCAACAAGGCAAUGGUGAGAGGGCUGCCUUGUAUUACUCACCCCAACAAAGUUUGUGAAGGAUGUCUACUUGGAAAACAAUCUCGAUUGAGUUUUCCAAAUGAGUCAGACUCAAGAGCUCAAAAGCCAUUAGAACUCAUACAUGCA